AUGAGUCUCAGCCUAAAUCCGAGGUAUGCCCUAACCUACACCAGAAUAUACCGUGAUUUUCUUGAGGUAAUUCAGACGAUUCAGUGUUACAAUAAAAUGGCAACUGCUGCGCAAGUGAUGUUCGAUGAAUACGGGCAACCGUUCAUCAUACUACGAGAUCAAGAGAAACAAAAACGUCUCACUGGGGUUGAGGCCCUUAAGAGUCAUAUACUGGCUGCACGAGCAGUAGCGAAUACACUGAAGUCAUCGUUGGGUCCUCGUGGUAUGGAUAAGAUGUUGGUGAGUUCAGAUGGUGAUGUGACAAUAACGAAUGAUGGUGCUACAAUACUAGGGAAGAUGGACGUGAAGCAUCAUGUCGCCAAACUUAUGGUAGAGCUGUCGAAGAGUCAGGAUGCCGAGAUUGGUGAUGGAACUACCGGUGUUGUGGUGCUAGCUGGAGCAUUAUUGGAACAGGCAGAAGCAUUAUUGGAUAAAGGAAUCCAUCCGAUUAAGAUAGCUGAUGGCUUCGAUUUGGCAUGCAAGAAGACACUGGAAACUCUCGACUCAAUCUCGACUCAUUUCCCAAUCGAUCAACGCGAGAUGCUUAUUCAGUCGGCAAUGACUGCGCUCGGAUCGAAAGUAUGGAAUGCCCGAUUAGAUACAUUUGUUCAGUUGUUGAUUAUCGAGUUAAUAAUUACUCUGUCAAUUUUCAGUGUUAAUCGAUGUGAGCGUCAAUUGGCUGAAAUAGCCGUCGAUGCAGUUUUAUCAGUGGCUGAUAAGGUGAAUAAAGAUGUGGAUUUUGAGUUGAUAAAAGUGGAGGCGAAGGUCGGGGGUCGUUUGGAAGAUACACGCUUGGUGAAGGGAGUGGUGAUCGAUAAGACCAUGAGCCAUCCACAGAUGCCGAAGGAAUUGAACGAUGUAAAGAUCGCAGUUUUGACGUGUCCCUUCGAACCACCGAAGCCGAAGACCAAACAUAAAUUGGAUAUAACAACAACUGAAGACUUCCAGAAGUUACGUCAAUAUGAGAAGGACACUUUUGAGGCGAUGAUUAAACAGGUGAAAGAUAGCGGUGCGACGUUAGCGAUCUGUCAGUGGGGAUUUGAUGAUGAAGCGAAUCAUUUGUUGCAUGCGCACAAUCUACCAGCUGUCAGAUGGGUGGGUGGACCUGAAAUCGAGCUGAUCGCGAUUGCUACGAAUGCACGUAUUGUGCCGAGAUUCGCCGAGUUGACACCACAAAAGCUUGGCAUGGCUGGUAGUGUCAGAGAAAUGAGCUUUGGAACUGCAAAGGAUCGAAUGUUAUGCAUCGAGAAAUGUCCCAAUCAUCGUGCAGUGACAAUCUUCAUUCGCGGUGGUAAUAAGAUGAUAAUUGACGAAGCGAAACGUUCAAUGAAUGAUGCGUUGUGUGUGAUUCGUAAUCUCGUUAAAGACAAUCGCAUUGUUUACGGAGGAGGUGCUGCUGAGAUUUGUUGCUCUCUUGAAGUGGCGAAAGAAGCUGAUAAGAUCGAAGGUGUUGAGCAGUAUGCAUUCAGAGCGUUUGCUGAUGCGCUAGAAUCGAUUCCAAUGGCACUGGCUGAGAAUUCGGGAUUGUCGCCGAUUGACGCGGUCACGGAUCUGAAGGCGAAGCAAUUGAAACAGUCAAACCCGCGAUUGGGCAUUGAUUGCGUCUUCGCUGGUACUGACGAUAUGCGCGAGCAAAAAGUGAUAGAAACGCUUCUUUCGAAGAAGGAGCAAAUUUCACUCGCCACACAGGUGGUUAGAAUGGUACUGAAAAUUGAUGACGUUCGAGUACCUGAUGAAGAUAAUCGGGCGUAUGGAAUGUGA